AUGCCAGAGCUUACUGUCAGAUUCCAAGGAGAUGAUGACUAUGAAUCAGACGGCGAUUUCGGUGAUGAAGGCGAUGAAGAGGAAGAACCUAUUGUGGCCAAUUUGGAUCACCGCCAAGAAAAUGUCGAUAGAGGAACCGAUGAUAUUGGGAGCCUCGUUACUGAUCUGGAGGACCUACAAGAGCUGCCAGAAGAAGAGAUUGUAUUUGAGCCUGAAGAGCCUCAAGUAGCAAAAGUCACUUGA